UCACUUUUUUUUUUUUUUAGUCACAUCCAGCGGGAUUAUGGAUUUCUUGUGUGGAGGAAGUGUUGGAAGAGGGAGGUGCCCUUUUACUUUAUCAUCACUUCACUGGCAAUAGGAUACUUUUAAGGAUCAUCCAUCCUUUCCUGUUGGGUGUCUUAUACCCAUCUGGCUCCCUGGGACUACACAUUGCAUUGACGCUGUCUUUCAGUUGGCCUGGCCCAGUCUCCACUGGCUGGGCGGUUCUACCUUUGUCUACAGGAAGGUUGGAGAACAAGAGCUUCCUUCCCUGCAGGAGUAAAAGAUGGCCGCCACACAGGAAGUGCCUCCUCCAGCAUUAGGCCUCCAUUUUUUGUACCCAUUAGAAGAAACAAUGGCACCAAGGGUGAAAAUGGAGGAACCUGGACCCCCAUGCCCUGAAGCUGGUUGGGAAUGGGAUGCUCCAGGGAAGGCUCCCCUUGUUGUGCAGGCAGGCACCAUUAGUGAUCUGCUGAGGUGGGCAACUCCUCCCCAGGUGAGGAGCGAUCCAAUUCCACAGCUAUGGGAGGUUCAGUGCCAGGAGAUGGUGCAAACCCUGAGGACACCUGCUGAAGUCAUGCCAGCCCCUGUGCCUGUCCCACCCCCAGCCCCUGGCUGGAGCAACCUCCAACUACCUGAACUUGCACCUGUGGAUGACAUUGAGGCCUACCUGUCGUCCUUCGAGCGUGCAGCCGAAUCCUGCCAGUGGCCAAGAGGAGAGUGGAUGAGCCGCCUUAUGCCAGCUCUUGGAAAAGCCCAGCCACCCCAUAAUGGCCUGGAUGCCAGAGGUGGCAGGAAUGAGCAUAGAAAGUCCAAAUCCUCUGGCCUGCGAGGGGAGGCAGGCGCCAGCGUGGAAAUGCAGCGGCAGCGUUUCCGGCAGUUCCGUUACCAGGACUCCGAAGGCCCCCGGGAGGCUUGCCGCAGGCUCCGGGAGCUUUGCCGUCGCUGGCUGAAGCCUGAGAGCCGCACGAAGGAGCAGAUCCUGGAAUUGCUGAUCCUGGAGCAGUUCCUGACCAUCUUGCCCCAAGAGAUUCAGAGCUGGGUGUGGGAACGAGGCCCUGAGACGUGUGCCCAAGCAGUGGCCUUGGUGGAAGGAUACCAGAUGGGGCGGCGAGAGGCAGGGAUGUGGGAGCAACAGGUUACCGUGCGGGUCAAGGUUGAGCAGGUAAGCCCACAGGAGAUGAUUUUACCUGGAGCACCAUGGGAUCCUUCAGCCUCACUGCUGCCCCAUCCUGAGUGCAUAUCCUCAUCUGAUGUAACACUAAACCAGCCUGCCCCAGGCCCUGCUCUCAAGAUGCCCUGCAUCCCGAAACAGGAACCACAAGGCCUUCAGGAAACAGGCUCUCUACUGGCCAAUGGGAACCGAGAGGAGAACCCUUUGCCUGGAGGCACUGUGGAAGUGGGAAUGCUAUCUGGGAAUUCCCACGAGAAAAUGUCGGGUGAGAAUUGCGGUGAACGGGUGAGUCAACAAUGUGAAGUGAGAUGUGGCGAGAUGGGGGAGAAUCCAGCUGCACGCCCCAACUCUCUUGGAGUCUCUCAUCUGGCAGGAAAAUCCCUUCACCAGUGUUCAGAAUGUGGGAAAACAUUUAGCCGUAACUCACAUCUGCUCACCCACCAGAGGAUCCAUACUGGGGAGAAGCCCCAUCAGUGCCCCCAGUGCGGCAAACGUUUUGGUCAUACUUCCCAGCUGACUCGUCAUCAGAGGACCCAUGCCUCAGAGAGACCUUUCCGAUGUGCUCAGUGCAGCCGAAGUUUUUACCAGAGCUCAGAGUUGACCAGGCAUCGAGUGUCCCAUGCAAGAGACCGUCCGUAUGGGUGCAGCCAAUGUGGGAAGAAAUUCCGUUGGAGUUCUGAUCUUAUCCGACACCAGAUCACCCACACAGGAGAGAGACCGUACAAGUGUCCUGAGUGCGGGAAGAAGUUUGGGCAGAAUUCGCACCUGGUUCGACAUCGGAGAACCCACACUACUUAGCCAAGAUCUUCCCAGAAGGAAAGAAAACUGUUUCCCAGCAUUGAGAGCUCAAUAAGGGCCAAAGUGUGGAACCAGACCAAUCACCUAGCUUAGUGUCAUAAGGAGCCAGAUGACCGAUGAACUUUCAGUUCAACAUCUGCAGAGAUUUACCUGUUGAAUAUGGCUUAAUUAGAAUGAAUCCUGUCUCCUGCAGCGGGAUAGACAAGGUGGCAGUUCCACGUUACCAAUUUGUGUUCCACCUAGAGAGCCACAGCACAGCCAGACUGAUUGCUCUAAAAAGGUGCUGAGCCUUGUUAGAGCUGACUUCUUGGACAGUACUAAACCACUAAUAUUGUGGUGGCACCAGUGGGAUGUCUUUCUCUCUUUCUCUGUCUCCCUCCCCCCCCCCAUUCUCUCUUUUAAUAGAAAAGGUAAUAGAUCUUCUAGUCAACUAGACAGAUUUAUUGUUACAUAACACAACCUAUAUUCCCUGCCCUGAGACCAUAUCUUUGUUGUGCAGCAAAAGCAAUGUAUUUUUUAGAGAAAAUGACCAGUCUGUAUUGGCAGAGGGUUAAAUCUUUAAAAUGAUGGAGAUCCCCUCUUGGGGAAGCUGCUGUGGAGUGUUUUGCUUUGUUUAUUUUUUGGAAAUUACAACUUUGAUAAAGGGGAAAAUUGUCAACCUAGGCUUGUACUGACGUGGGAAUAUGCAUAAUAGAGCUGGGGAUGAUUUCAGUUGGUUGGCAUGCAGAUUACAUGAGCUUUGUUAUGGCAUAAUCUUAGGGUUGGCCAUGAGUAUACAAGGGGGUUGAUGCAGGCUUUCCAUCUGGUCCUUUUUAUUGCCAGUAAUCCUAUCGUCCAUUUGCAACCUCAGCCUCUUUCUUCUUCAUGAGCAACAACACUAGCAAAGAGUUUUUUCUUUACAUUCAGCAAAGAAUAUCUCAAAAAUAUAUCAUUGGUACUUCAAGGGGAGAACACUGCUAAGUUUUUAAAGCUGUUCACAUUGGGCCAUGGGAAGUGUGGUGGAAGA